UAAAGCCAGAUAACUUGCGUGUCUGCACCAACCCACUACUCGUAUAGAAGCUUUGUACCAACAGCCUCCUGCUAUCCCUUGAAGCACAGCGCAUCUGUAACGAUCUUAACAUGCGUUCUACCACUAUAUGCUCCACUCUGCUCCUAUUGGCUGGCGCCGCCGCAGCACAGAGCGAGAGCGUAGUAUCCGAGAUCCCGUCCACGCUCAUCCAGACGACUGAGCAGGUCUUCACAAUUCAGACCUCGGUUCCGACGGGAGCAAGCUCGGUUUGCUAUGAAGUCUGCAUCCAGGAGCCGUGCAACGCAUGCUCUGCUGCUCCUACCAAUGACCCUGGCAUGAGCUUGCCUGCUGUAUCGCUGCCCGUUCCAAGCAACGUCAGUUUCGAAGAUGUUACCAUGACGCUGCCAGUUGAAUCUCUACCGUCCGUAGGUUCCGAGCCUGCACCCACAGCCUCAGUGACAGGCACCAUCCUGCCCCCAAUCUCUCAGAUGACGGAUCCUCCUAUGUCUAUUCCGCAGGGGGAGACACCUGAGCCAACUAGUGCACCCACAACGUCUUCCGGCUCGGGCAACGCUACGGCCAGUGUAUCCAGGACUGCGCCGGCUGAGCAGUCAACAGCAGCAGCACCACCAUCAGUCAAGCGUGACAGCACACCUUUCCUGCUUGCGUUGGGUGUGUCGGGGGCAUCCAUCUUCUUUGGCGCAGCUUGGACUCUUUUGUAGGCGCGGGUGCGCGCGAUGGAGCCUUAGGUCUGUUUAGGAAGCGUCGCGCACCAAUAUGCUUUGGUACGCCACGUCGUACAUGCAUUUGGCUUCUGGGUCGAGCUUCUUGACGUAAAUGUUAUGCCAUGCGACUCAGUGCACGUUGACGAAAGUCAUGAAUCAAACAAACGAAGCGUGGUCGCGUAUAUACUUAGUAGAUGAAAAAUUCACUGAAGUCUCAAACAAAUACGCUCUACGUACGAGAUACG